UCAAACGGCGUCGUCAGCUGUAGCCACGCGCGUUUCAGCAACGACACCGUUUUCACGGCUGAUUGAAGCUGAGCACUUCCUCCCCGACCCAGAUUCCUCGCACCAUGGCUAUGCAGAGCGGCGUAGGGCUGUCGAAGAUCCUGGUCCUUGCCGGAGCAGGUUACACCGGCACGAUCCUGUUCAAGAACGGAAAAUUGUCCGACAUCUUCGGCGAGCUUCAGGCUUUGGUGAAGGGACUAGAGAAAUCAGGGAAAGACUCAGAGGGUGAAACAGAUCAUGCUGAGGCUAUUGCUGCACAGGUUCGGCGACUGGCCAUGGAGGUUCGACAGCUUGCCUCUUCACGACAGAUAACUGUCUUAAAUGGAAAUUCUGGUCAAAUGGGGAACUUAACAUCUAUGGUCGUUCCGGCAGCUGCUGUUGGGGCAUUAGGUUAUGGCUACAUGUGGUGGAAGGGCAUUGCUUUCUCUGAUCUUAUGUAUGUCACUAAGCGGAGUAUGGCGAAUGCUGUCACAAGCUUGACCCAGAAUCUGGAGAAAGUAACAGAGGCACUCAGUGCUGCGAAGAAGCAUCUGACACAGCGAAUGGAGAAUUUGGAUGGUAAAAUGGACGACCAGAGGGAACUAUCUAGAGAAAUUAGGGAGAAUGUCUCUGUUGUUAGAGAAAAUCUUAACGGGCUCGGAUAUGAGCUGGACUCAUUGCAAAAGAUGGUCUCUGGACUGGACUGGAGGAUGGGUACUUUGGAAUUUAAGCAGGACUGGGCAAAUGAGGGUGUGAGAUAUCUCUGCCAUGUUGCCAGUGGGCAAAAAGUUGAAAUGCCGAAACUGCUCCAGGAGCAAAUAAAAGUUUCAGGGACAUCACGGGGUUCCCUGACAUAUCCUGACCCUCAGGGUCUCAAGGAGUUUGCAGAUGCAUUUUCAGUGGGUACUGUAAGAUCAGCCUCAGAUGCUGUUCUGCAGGAUCAUGAUGAUAGAUCAGAUCAACGACCAAAAGUAUUGGCAAGGGCUAGUUCAACCAGAUGUUGAGGCAGUCUGUCAUCUGCCAUCUCAGUAGCUGGCAGAUAUUCGAGUUUUGAUUCUUCCUACCUACAGCAGCGAAGCAUGACUUAUUAUCUCGACUUCAGCAACCUCCUCUGUACAUAGAAGUAACACGUUUUCUUUACGUAUUUAUGUAGAAAAACAACUAAUAAGCUUGAUGCACAAGUUGUACUGUUUGUAGGGUUGCUCGAAUUUCUCUGGGAUCUGUGUUCGGUGUUCUCGUGUAGUAGAAGUCUAUAUCUACUAUUAUAGAACUCCUGAAAUUUUUUGUUGA